GAACGUGCAUUUUGAACGUUUUAAAAUUAGUCUCAGAUAUUAUUGUGAAUUAAUGAAUUACUCUAUACCUGCUUCAUUGGAAACAAGGAAUUUCACUUUGAGUUCAUACGUGGUUGAGGUAGAAUAUUUAGGGUUGUAUAUUUUUAUAGUGCUACUCCAUAUUGAACAAUACAUUUUGCACUGUGAUAUAUAUGGAUUCCCACGAGCUCAAUAUGUGCGUAAUAAUCUAUUUUGUUUUCGGGUUUCUCCUGAAUUUUCAAAGCGUAACUAAUUCUGCACAUGUAGCACCUGUAGUAACAACCUACUCUGGUGAUGUGAGAGGAUUUUUUAUGCAAACUGAAAAUAACCGCACAAUAGAGGCUUACUGCGGUAUUCCAUAUGCUAAACCACCCAUUGGUUCCCGCAGAUUCGAGGAUCCAGAGCCGUUUGGGAAAUGGCACGGAGUACUGGACGGAUCCAAAGAGCCAAACAGAUGCAUGCAAAACAGUAUUUCUAACCCUGGAAAACUUGAUGGCUGUGAAGACUGUUUAUACUUGUCUGUUUAUACACCUUCAUCGAAAGGGAAUUAUUCUGUGAUCAUUUUCUUUUACGGAGGAAGCUUUACGAAUGGGUACGCCAGUACGGAUUCUUAUGGAUCAAACAAAAUACUCACACAAGAUGUUGUUCUAGUUAUUCUAAAUUACAGACUUGGGUUUUUAGGAUUUGCAAGUUUCAAUCACAAAAAUUUCUCUGGAAACUAUGGACUGAAGGAUCAAUCAUUAGCAAUAAAAUGGGUGAAAGAGAACAGUAGGAAUUUUGGAGGAGAUGAUUGCAGAAUCACUGUGAUGGGUCAAAGUUCUGGGGCUGCAAGCGCCCAUUAUCAAAUCAUAGCACCACGGAAUUUCGGCAUCAUAAAGCGAGCCAUUCUGUUGAGUGGCACAGUAGACUGUCCGUGGGCGUUUACAUCAAGAUUUGAGAGUGCAAGGCUGACAGCUGAAAUGGGCAGAUUGGUGAAUUGUACUCCGAGCUCAGCCAGUGAACUAAAGAGUUGCUUGUGUGGUGUUAAUGGCUCCGAGUUCGUAUUCAAAUUGGCUGAAUUCCAGCAGGUAUGGCCCGGAGUACCUGCGGUACCUUUUCCUCCUUGUUUGGAGUCGAAUGAUAACGAGAACGCGUUUAUCACUGAGGAGUCUUACUACAGAAGAACCUCUCGUAUGGACAUAAUGUUGGGCUCCACAAGUUCGGAGGGCACUUUUAAUAUAGCAGUUUUGAUGCAAGCAAUGAAAAUGCACCUCGAUACUGCUUUGGGGGAAUUGGAUAGGAAUUUUACCAUAAUAAUUCCAUCUGAAGGUAAUUUUCAAAAUGAUCCAAAAGCAAAGGAAAGAGCUUUACAAUUGAAGAAACAAUAUUUUUGCGACAAGCCAAUAAGCAAUAAAACACUACAACAAUUAACUGAUCUUUACAGUGAUAUGUAUUAUCUGAAUGGCACAAAAACUACAAUAGAAAAACACAAUGGAAAAAUACAUAUUUAUGACUUUGGAUAUGAGUCACUAUUUUCUGUUUCGCAAGUAAUUUCAGAGGACCCGAGCUACAAGAAUGGCGCUUGUCAUGGUGAUGAUCUUUUAUAUAUGUUUCCAUUGAAAUAUUUUUCUCAAUUCCGUGGAAAAGAGUCAGACAAGGAUAAGGAAAUCAGCCGAAAGAUCGUUCAAUUCAUUGUAAACUUUGCAACUUAUGGUGAUCCAAACCCAGUCGCAGAAACAACAAACUGGAGUCCAAACUCUGGGCACCUCGAAUAUCUAUCGAUAACCCGAGAAGGAAAUUUCGAAAUGAAAGCAAACUUCCCACACAACGGUGCAACUCCAGUUGAGCCCUGCUGUUCAAAUAGAUAUUGUUGCCCAAACUGAUGCUCCCCCCUAUACAUGUAGAUAAGGACAGGUUUCCUUGGAUAGAGCUCCCUUCAUAAUAACAUGCCAAUGGGGCACCAAUUGAGUAUAAAAUCAUUUUGUAAAUUUAUAUUUCAAAUGAGAAAAUAUUGAUAAACAAUUAAAAAUAAUAUGCCAAUUGAAAAAGGGGACGCCAGUCGAGUAUGAAAGUAUGUUGUAAAUUUAUAUUUCAAAUGAGAGAAUAUUGACGGAAACAUGUCAUACAUCACACAUAUCCAUAAUGAUGUUCUAUGUAUUAAUAAAUACUGUAUUAGUAUUUUACUUUUGCUGAUGAAGCUUCAUAAAACAUCUAAAUUAGAAAAUAUGGUUUGUAUAUUUAUUUAGCGUAUGGCAGAUACACAACAAAUAUAUAGCUCAUGAGUCUCAAAUGCAUAGAUAUACACUGUAUAUUUCCAAAUUCUUCGAAAUGUUGUGUAGUUUUCGGUCAGGAGAACAUACGUUUGUCUGACCGCCAUUAUUUGCUAGUCCAUUUAGCGUUACCCAAUGUGCACCAUGGAAGCGAACUAGCGUUACACUCAUAAUUAAGUUAAAAACUGAUUGCUGGAACAAUUUUGAGGUUCAAGAUUAAUAUUUAUAAUUCAAAUAUUUGGACUGCAAAUAUUGUGAAAGUGAAGACCUAGAAGACAUAACCCCGUUACGGACUUUGUAAUCGUAUCCAAAUUCAGGAGAGAAACAGCUAAAGGUAUUCUUAUUUUUUCAAUGAUGAGUCAGAAGUCAUCUAUAUUAUAAUAAAGGAAAGAACUGGCUUAUACACGUACGGGAUAGGAAAUUCACGAAUGACGCAUCAUCACGUCUGAACUACUGGACUGAUUUUGCCUAAGGAUUCUCUAAUCACCAAGGAUUGUUAUUGGCCUAUUUCAAGAUUUCAGUAGAUCAAGUCUUUAAUUAGACCAUUGCGGAGCAAGGUUCACCUGUUGGUCAGGAAUAAAUAGAAUAAAUUGUUAAAUAGUUGAUACUGAUCCAAUAUCUAUUUGUUAGUCUCUUAUUUCCAAAUUUACCCAGACCCAUCACUUCCAAGCUUUUUAACAUAAAAAAUCUAGAACACUUCAUUCAUUACAUCAAGUAAUCCAAUUAUGAAAGUAUCCCCAAUUAUUAUGAAAGUACUAAAAUACUAAUGUAAUGAAAAGUAAUCUAAUUAUAAAAGUGAUGAAAUGGAAGUACAAAUACUGAUAAUCAAGAAAUAUCAAUAAUAAUUUUAUUGUCAAAGUUUUCUGGAUCUCAAGUUACAUUAGUCUUUUCACUAAAGAACACUUUACAAAAACACAAGAGAACAGUAACUGAACUCUACAAUAAUAGAUUGAAUGUAAUAUUGUUAAUUUUGACAAAUAGUAUAACUCAAGAAUUCAUCCAAGAUAGCAUUAUGUAACCUAUAUAUUGGUGAACGGUAAUCGGUAAUGCUAACUAUUGGACACAUUUCAACGAUUUCAUUGGAUAAGCGAAAAGUAACAAGAGAGGAGUUUAAUUUAAAGAAUGCCAUAUCUAUUACACAACUUCUAAUAAGUUGUAUGAAACUGAAUUCAGAGAAAUUGCUAAAUUAAUUUAAUAAUAAUUCAACCAAAGAUAGAAAGAAACGCCUGUGAAGGGUACUGAAAUAUUUAGACAUACAUUUUCUGAACAAAAUGAACGUCAAGUUCAUCUGUAGCAUUUAAUACCGGAAAUUAUCAAUGAAACCAAUGUGAAAUAUUUAGAAUUCCUGAGUUAAUACAAUCAAACUGAAUGUAUUUGUUCAUGAACAUUAAAUGAUCAAACCUAAAUAACAUUUUUAUGCAUAAAUUAAGUCACACUGAAUGUUAUUUAUAUUUUUGUUUGUUAUUUGAUAAAGCUAUUUCUGUUGAGAAUUAAAGAAAUGAAUACUGAAUACACUAAAAAUUAAUACAACUUUAUGGCACCGAAAAAGAUCACAAUAAUUCUAUAUUUUUAUACAAAGACAGUUACACAAAAUAAUAAAUGGCGCCUAGAGUACUGGCAGUAACAUUCAACUAAUAUUAAUAUAUUACAAUACUAAAGGUGAUAUUAGAAACAGUAUUAUUCAAAAUAAACUUAUAGCUAGAAAUGUCUGUAGUUAGAUGAGAUGAUUGUGAUGGAAUAAAUAUAGAUAUAUACCUGGCUGUCCGGAGCACAGAAUGAACACAAAUAAUUAGACAAUUCUCUAUGAUAAAUUAGAAUGUAUUCCUCCUUAAUGAAUUUGCACAUCUCCUCUGUGUAUGUGGGUGUGAAUUGGAGCAG